CAAACUUGGGCAAGAAGGGGAGGAGAAAGGAAGGCACCUUCUCCUUCUUCCCAAAGAAGCCUUGCAGAGAUCUUCCAAACUCUUCUCUCUUUUCUUUUUCAUGCAACGACGUGUGUAGGACUAAUGGAGGAGGGGUUGACAGAGCCGGACAAGGAAGCAGCCCAACAGCUGGUUCAGUUGAGUGGUGGAGAUCAUGAGGAAGAAGAAAGCAAAAGAGUAGAACACAAUGAUAGCCAGAAGAAGAAGAAGAAGAAGCAAGAGAAGGAAGAGGAGGGAAAGGAGAUGAGAGCUGAGAUCUCAGAAAGAGGAAAGGAGGAAGAGGAGGAGGAGGAGGACGAGCACCCGCCGAGAAAAAAGCAGCGGUUUCGGUCCUUGGCAUCUAUUUACGAGGCGACCAAACCCAUAAGCGAUGGUCAUCAUGGCCGUAGGAAGAAGCGCAGGCAAAGAGGAUAGGAAAAAAGCAUUAGGAGAUUAGAGAGGAGGAGCAGGUGAGGGUAUGAUAAUUUUAGUUAUGGUCUAGCUAAUGUUUAGAUAAUAAGAAUGAUGAAAAUUUAUGAAGGAAAAAAACUUUGUAGUUUCUUGUGUCGAU